AUGCACGACAACGAUCCCAAACUCACCGCCAAGCUCACCUCCCGAUGGCUUGCAUCUCAAAAACUUUCCGUCAUGCCGUGGCCAGCCAACAGUCCUGAUAUGAACCCUGCAGAGCAUGUCUGGGAUCGUAUCAAGAUGCGAGUUGGUGCUCUCCGCCUUCAUCCACGGAAUCUUGAUGAGCUAUGGGAAGCUGUACAGUGGGAGUGGGGUAAACUGGACCCGGAGUUCGUGGAAUCCUUAUACGAGAGUAUGCCUCUUUGUAUGCAUAAGCUAGAAUGCCGAAAUUCAGAUGGUUCAGAAAAGGGUAGAAAUAAGGUCAUGAUACGAAUACUGUUCAAUCUUACUUACAGUUUCAACAGGGCCUCUGUCCUUUUCACAAACCCAUAUCCAUCAUUCGUAAAGGACGUGUUGCCGUGA